AUGUAGGACAGACAGACACGCCCACAAAUAAAAAGAAGAUAUCCUCAACCUCACGCCUUACCUUGUAUUACAAAGGCCACAAGUUCUCAACCCUUCAUUCUCCUCUUUCUACUUUUCACACCCAUCUUCCUCUUCCCAAUGGAUCCCCAGAAGGUGGUGUUAAAGGUCCUUACUAUGACAGAUGACAAAACAAAAAAGAAAGCAAUUGAAGCAGCUGCAGAUAUCUAUGGGGUUGAUUCGAUUGCCGCAGAUGUGACGGAACAGAAGUUGACAGUGAUUGGUGAAAUGGAUGCAGUGGCAGUGGUGAAGAAGCUGAAGAAAGUAGGGAAAGUGGAUAUAAUAUCAGUUGGACCUGCCAAGGAAGAGAAAAAAGAAGAAAAGAAAGCGGAAAAGAUGGAAGAGAAACCAGAAGGGAAGCCAGAAGAGAAACAGGAAGAGAAAAAAUAAAAUCAUGUCAUCAUAUUUUUCAAAUUCUUCCCCCUUCUUUUAAUAUUUCCUAUACAGAUAGUAAGCUGCAAAUUGUUCAUAUGAUUUAUCAAUAAUGAAAAGUUUUAUUGGUUCAUAUGACU